AUUGUACUUUAACAUGCAAAUCAUCAUAUAAUCAUUGCAGGAUUUUUUGUUUCUUUUAAAAAGGGGGUGACGACCGCCCGAAACACCCCAACCUACCCUGGACCCGCCACUGGUGGUAUCCCAGGUAACGCCACCCCACUAAAGUGACAGAUGGUCCAAGUUGGUUUCAGCUUCUUUGCUGUGCUAACUUCCAGUUUCCCAUUUCAACUGUUCUCGGAAACGAAACAGCGCACGCAAAUAGAACAAGAAAAACGACCCCCAGGUGGCGCUUUUCGCGGGAAAUCGCGUCAUAUUCGAACGUGAACAAACACAUAGAGUCAGAAGAGGUUCAGCGACAGAGCUGGCUAUCAACGAUUGAAAUAAACUCACUUGAAUAUAUCAGUAUUCAAGAUGCCAACUGGAGAUUUGAAAAAUAACCUCAGGAAGCUGCAGACAGAGAUCAAGUUAAUGAAAUAUCCAGAGUCGGUUGAUAUCAAGGGGUUGACUCAAGGUGAUGCUAAGGCCUUCAUGCCCAUCCUCCAUCAUGGCUUCACCAGCUACAACACCAAUCUGGCUGAAGAGAUUGCUGCCAAGGAUAUUGUACUGUUUGCCAAGUCUGAUGCAACUUUCAUAGACUCUAUUUACAAGAUUCUCCGGGAUAUGUUUUCCUACAAACCCUUGGUGACCAAGGACCAGUUUUUCUCCACCCAGUUUGCGGAGAGGAAGAUCAUAAUGGUUACAGAAGUCCUCCAGCGAGUUCAGAAGCACUGUCGCACGACCUACUCCAGUAAACCCUCCUCCGCCUUCAAACUCAACUCCUCCAUGGACAACAUUGCCAGGCCUCCUUCUGGAAGGAUUCGACCUAAGUCUGCAGCCACAGCGACCACAGCGACCACAGCAACAAAGAAAGAGCCUGCAAAAUCCUCCACCAGCAUGCCGCCACCACGUGCAGUGAGUGCCACCAAUGCUGCUGCCAAGAAGACAACUCUCAACAGAUCGGCGUCAGCCAUGACUCAAGUUGAACUAAGCAAGUACAGAUCCCCUUCGAUCCGGUCAUCGCUCCCCGGGCCCGGCAAACCCCGGGUUAUCAAGGAGGUCAUUGACCCCAACCAGUCAUGUGACUCUUUAUUUUCCUUGUACACGCCAAGUAUUGCUCGAGUCAAACCCCGGGCUGUGGAGGUGGUAAACAUGCCAAAGCCUCAAGGGAAUGAAUCGGCCAUUGAUGCGGCAGCUGCUUCACCCACCACGCCCCUGUCCGAGCCUGUGGCGGCAGUCAACGGGGACAGCAGGGAUGGGAUCAACACAAAUGCAGCAGUUCUUUGUUUUCAAGAACUUAAUGAGAAAAUCAACAAUAUCAUGUCAAUGCUGGAAGCUGUUGAUAGUCGUGUUGGCCAGAUGGAGGCCAUGUUUGAUCUACAGAAGUCCAUACCCGCCACCCAGGAGCCGGCGCUGGACAUGAGUCGCUGGAAUAAUGCCGACGCCAGACUCAAACUCCUGGAGAACAGGAUGCUUAUCUUAGAGUCCAGGAUGCCAGAUCCUGAUAAAGUGAAGAUGCAGUCUCCACCCAUCAGCUCCUCUCCAGUCACCCCGGUGUCCGCUGGCAAAACUGGCGCCUUCGUCACCAUCGAGUCAUUUGUUAAUGGAGAAUCUAAAGUUCGUAAAAUGGCGCGAGAAGCAGAAGCUAAGAUCCGAUCUCACUCCACUGACGAUGACCUAGAGAGGGUGUCGCCUAUCAGGAAACCAGCGGCAGUUGAGUUGCCGAGCAACAAAGGGGGUCAGGAUGAGAUGUUUACCCUGAUCCCCGACCCCGAGCCCAAUAGCUCCAGCACCCCAACUAAAGGCAUGGGGGGCGUUGGCCUUAAGUACGUUGACACGCCCACACACAACCAGGCACAGAGGAUUGAACACCUUAUGCAGAGUACAGAAUCCAUGCUGAAACCAGUCCAGACCGAGAUCCCGGCCGAGGAAGUUCAACGCCAGGAUGUUGACUAAUGAAGAACGGCAUCUCUUCCAGCCUCGAAUACACCAGUGAAACAUUUCCAUACCACAAAGUAUUUAUUGAAGACACAUGUAUGACCAAACAACCUUGUGAUACGACUUCUUGAAACCCGAGACUGGUGUUUGCAGGACGGGGCCUCCAAUAAGUGAUGCCUCGAGUGACUAAAAUGGGUAUUAGUUGGUCACAAUGGCUACCAAGCGUGAUCAAAAGCAGCACAAAAGACUAUUUCUUCACUGCUGCUAAUAAUAUGGAAUUGUAUCCUGACGCCUUGGAUUGUUGCCCACAUCGACUAUGGUGUUUCUGGUCUGAGCUCAGUAAAUUUGCCGGCAGUGUUUAUGCAAUCGAGUAUUUCUAAAGCCCCUUUCACCCUGAUACAUGAAUAUCAUGUCUGGUUUAAGAGGCAAUGGCAAUGAGGAUUAGAUGGCCAAAUUGGGUGCAGAUUGUUGGGAGGAUAAUAAGCUGGUUGUGAAUCACACUUUCAAUCCCUGAUUUGCCUGGUAUUGGGGUAGCCUUGUGGUUAAGGCUCAUCACUGCGGAGGGCCAGGUUUGAUUCCCCACUGUACUGGUACAGUGUGUGAAGCUGGUUUCUGGUCUCCCCUGCCAUGUUACUGGAAUACUGAUUAAUGCUGCUAAGGACCCAACUACUCAACCACUCUGGUAGGCUUGACAAGCUGUAGUGAUGAAGCUAUAAAGUUGCUGACUCAGAAUUAUUUGCCAGUCACUCACUCGUAAAUACCAAGUACCGUAUUCGACGUAAUAGGUGCUCAGGGCGCUCUCAAAAUUGGGAGCU